AUGAAGAACCAGCUGAUUUUUAUGAGACUUUGCAGCAAAGACGGGAAAGGCCACCAGCAAUCCUCCGGCAGCCCAAAAUAGAUAAACUCUCAGAAUGUAUAUCAGCUCUUACCUCUCCAAAGAGAAAAGAGGUUUUUGAAGAAGGACUGAUGGAAAAUCUACCUAGUGAAGUUCUCACUGUCAUAUUUUCAUUCUUGGAUGAUUUUUCAUUAUGGAAUUGUUCACAAGUGUGUAAACGCUGGUCUAAUGUAAUUGAAGCUAAUAAUUCUGAAGAAAAGUGGCGACAAUAUACCAGAGUGCGCUGGCAGUUGUUUAAGCCAUCUUUUAUUGUUCCUUGUUGGAGGACCAUGUAUACCAAAUUAGCUCAAAGUGCACCUUGCUUAUUGUGCCUACAUCAAAUGACAGAACAGGUUCAGCCAACUGAUGUACAUAAUUCGUGGAGGAAUGUAAGAUUAAUGAAUGAAUUGAAAUCACUUCACUCUGAUCCACCUGAAGGUAUUAAAGCUGUGCCGUUAGAUGAAAUGUGCUAUCACUGGCAGGCGACAAUUACUGGUCCUGAUGAUAGUCCUUAUGAAGGUGGAACCUUCUUCUUGUAUUUGCAAAUACCUCCAAGUUAUCCAAUGGUACCACCUAUUGUUCGCUUCAUCACGAAAAUAUUUCACCCCAAUGUUAGCCGCCAUGGUGAUAUUGGAAUAGAUUCAAUACAUGACAACUGGAGUCUCAUUUUGACUAUAUCUAAGAUAUUAAUAAGUAUUCAAUCACUCUUGACUGAUCCUUAUUGCCAUGUUUGUAUGGAACCAGAAGUGGGACGUUUAUAUCAAGAAAACAGAGCUACUUUCGAUGGCAUUGCCAGGUUGUGGACAUUGCGCUUUGCUAUGUUUCACAAAAGACCCCCCAUUAUGGAAAAGCCUCCAUAUGAAAAUGGAAUAGAAGAAAAUGGGUUAAACCCAAAUUUGUGAGAAAACAUUCAGCCUUUUAACCAAAAGAGGGAUAAACUGGUUCUGGGCCAGAAUCUCAAAUAUGCAUAGAAUUGAAUGAUUUGUAUGAUAAUAUUUGUACACGUGUUUUAUAUGGAUAUCCUUAAAGUUGAAGUGAAUGAUGUGAGUGGUGACAGGAUUUCAGUGGAAAGCAAAUCAUGUAAAAAUAAAAUAUUUUAUUCAACAUAAUGAAUGCAGUUGAAAGUCUUGAUGUUUUGAUUUCAUUUUUUAUACAAAUAGUUUUUGUACUUUGUUAGUUUUAUGUGAAUAUGAAAUGUAUAUUUAGUCUAAAAAAUGCUAUGGUGAUAUAUUGCUGCAGUGAUUAUAAUUUUCCUUUUGUUUAAAUAGAAAAAAAAUUUAAUUUUUUAUGAGUAAAAAGCAUUGUUUAAAAUUUGAAAUAUAUUUAUUUAUAAUUUAAGUGACAUGAAAGUGUUUCAAACUCAUAAAUACUUUAUCUAAUUCUCAAUAUUUAAACCAGAAUUGUACAAUACAGAUAUUUUUACUUUCACAAAAAUUUGUUGGGAAGUACUAUACCUGCGAAUGAUCAAUGGUAAUAUGUGCCUUUUUAAUGUAAAAAUAUUCCUGGAGCAAUCCAAAAAACAUAUACAGUUUGAAAAAUAAGUGAGGAAUUGAUAGACUUUUUGAGGUAUUUUCAUAAGUAGUUUUUAGUGGAAGGGUAUUAUUAUGGAAAGAAACAAAUAUAAUUAUUUUCAAGUAACUAUAUUUGUUUAAAAAAUUAUAAUUAUUCAUAAGAACUUAAAGUUUCUCAUAGAUCAGUUUACUGUAAUGUUUGCCAUAAGAAUUUCUUUCUUUCUUUUUUUUUUUUUCUUUCUUCUGUUGGAAACUUUUGAUGUAUAGCACUUUUAAGUUCUGUGUUAGUUAACAUACUAGAAUUGCAUAUAUAACUUUACAUUUUGUAAAUAAGUCUGAUUAUAGCUACAGGUAGAAGAUUUGUUAUCCAGUUAAUUUUUUAUUUACUUAAUUAUCUUAGCAAAGGCAUUUUUUUCCACCAAGUCUGCAAGUUCAUCUUUGAAGAAUUUGCAGUAUUUCUUCAUAGUUGAAGGAAUAUGAUAGUCUUCUCUUAUUAUCAACACAUAUUAACUUUUAAAUAUGUAAAUUAAAUGUUAAACUGGAUGUGAUAGUUUGUUCCUUUAUGUAUAAAUCUCUUUUAUAACAUGUGAACUUGAAAACUUGUUUUAUGGUACAGAGAAAUAACUUAUAUAAAAGUUGUUUAAGACUCCUUCCGGAUAAAUUAUUGUAAUUUAUGUGCAUGUAAAAGUAUAAAAACAAAAAUCGUUGAAUGCAAUUUUUUUGUACUAAUUUCUAUAUUUUAUACAUAUACAAAGAAAUAAUGAAAGUUAGAAAUACUGUAAGAAUAUUUAUCAUGGAAAAAUUUUUAAAGAUAUUUUUAGGUAAUAUAAAAGCUUCUCUGCUUGUUAAACAGGUUAGUUAUUAUAUGCAUUAUCAUUAAAAAUUUUAUUCCAUUUUUAUUUUAAUCACAAGUUUAGUUUGAACAGGGUUAAAAUUUAUCAAUAAAUAUCUUGUAACGAUAUUAACAUCUGAAAACAAUUAAUGUAAUUUUUUUACCUUUCUCUUUACUGCUGCUUUUUUUUUUUUAAUAUAUAUUUAUUUUAUUUGUACUUUACUUCUUUACAGCAUCAUUAAUUGGAAUGUUAAUGAUAAGAUUAGGUUUCAUUGUCUCUUAUUUCACUACAUAAAAUGUGAACUGGGUGAACAUUGAAAAUUUAUAAUUUUCUAAAGAUUAUAAAGAAAAUAGAGUAGUCAGUUUUGUAAUUACAAAUCUGAAUUUUCCUUUUUUUGUAAUUUAAUAAUUUUUCAUUUCAUUUGUAGUUGAAAGCUAGUAACCUUUAACAUGCAUAAGUAAUUUUAAACUAAUAUAUUAUUAUUCUGUUUCAAAGCAUGCCUAUUCAUUUUUAACUCAUUUAAACAAUUAAUUGUAAUAAAUGCAUUUUAUGAAAAAGUUUAAAAUAUUCAGUAAAUUUCAUUAUAAAUUACAUAUUUUUAAAUUUCAGUUUGUGUUUUACUUGUUUCUUUAAAAUUUCUCAUCUUUGUUUUGUCAUAGCUGCCCUUCUUCCAGACCUUUAAUCAAUAAUUGCAUUGUUAUUCAAGUGAAUAAUUUUAAUUUGGGCAAUCUUUAAUUGUGAAAAUCAGUACUGAAAUCUGGACCCUUACCACCGAGACUUAGUUUUGUUGCAAUUGUUUAAACUGCCAUUCUAUAAUUUAUCAGUACCUAUAAAUUAUAUUGUCUCCUGAAACAUAUUGUUUUCUGUAAUUUUUUAAUAUAUUUCAAAGUUAUAUUUUUAGAAUGUUAUUACUUCAGCAAUGUAAUUGAAAACUCUGAUGAGUGCAAUAAAAAUAUUUGUAUCAUGAAACCAU